AUGUCUGGCCGGUGGCGCUCCUUAGCUGACAAGCACGCCCAUGAAGAGACUGCCCGAGCCAAGCCGCGGCGCAGCAGCAGCUGCUCGCUGCAGCGCUACCGCCACCACCCGAGCAUCAGCAGCAGCAGCCGCAGCCGCAGCCGCGAAGCCAACUACGAAGGCGCUGCUGCUGCUCGAAGAGGCAGCAGAAGCCGCAGCAGCAGGCACUUGUCUCUUUGCAGCAGUCCUGCUACGCGGUCGCGGCCACAUCCGCAGUACCAGCAGCAGCAGCAGCAACAGCAGCAGCAGCAGCAAGAGCAGCAAUCCUACGCGUACCCUCGCAAGAGGCUUACAGGCACUUCACACAGCACCUCGCGAGUUUCGCUGCAUGCAAAUCCGGACCACGAGCGCCUGAAUGAGCCGGUACACGAGUACGCUCUAGAUCAGCAGCAGCAGCAGCAGCAGCAGCAGCAGCAGCAGCAACUGCUGCCGCGGAGCCGGCGGCCUGUGCAGCUGAACCCCCCACGCUGGUUUCGCGUUAACGGCGAAGCCUCGAGGGGCCCUAAGGCAGAUUUCUCUUCCCAAGACAGCAGCAGCCGGCCGCGUGUGCUGCUUCAGCCGCGGCCGCAGAUACGUCACGCAGGAAAAAUGCAGCAGCAGCAGCAGCAGCAGCAGCAGCAGUGGCAGCAGCCUCCGCGGCGCGUCACUGCUCUUUUGCACGAAAGGAGUUCCAACAGAGUUCUUCUGAGGGCCCGCGAUGAUGCUGCUGCCUCAGAUUGGCCAGACGGCUUCCAAGGCAGAAGGCGCUACAGAGACGAAAUCGAGACUGAGCCACGGGAGCGCGAGAGGAGCCCCAAGCGGCAAAGGCGGGGCAGCAGCGGCAGCAGCAGCAACAGCAGACGCAGCAGCAGCAGAGGCGGCAGCGGCAGACGCAAAGUGCACUACCGGCCUUAUGCGUCGCCUGAGAGAUACGCCGACUCAUCUGCUGCCCUGCUUGAUGCGGAGCAGCAGCAGCAGCAGCAGCAGCAGCCGGCGCGGCUGCGGAGGGCAGUCAUUAGUACCGGCAGUGCUGUAAAACUGAGCAGCGCAGCAGCGCCUACCACGGAAUCCUUCCCGCGGCGGCGUGUCUUACCAAGCGGGCCCAGCCGCAGCAGCGAGGAGCAACGCGUUCUGCUGCUGCCCCGCGGCGCAGCAGCAGCAGCAGCAGCAGCAGCAGCUCCCCAAGCGGCGCCCAGUGCAGCACCUGCAGCAGCAAGGCAGCGGGAGAGCCAUUUGCUGCCCUCGAGCGCUGCGCUGCCGCCGCUGUUGCCAACGCCGGGUGCUGCAGGCUGUGCUGGUGGCUCUUCUGCUGCUGCUCCUCUUGCUGCUGCUGCUGCUGCUGCUGAAGAUGCUGCAGACCCUGGCAGUGCUCGACUGGUGUAUUCGUCUUCGCCUGUCACCUCUUGGCGGCGGGAGGAGCGGCGCAGCAGCUCCGUCGGUUUGGGCCGGCAGCCGCCGCUGCGGCAGCAGCAAGACCAGCGCCAGCAGCAGCCGCAGCAGCAGCAGCAGCACAAGCAGCAGCAGCAGCAGCAGUGGCAACGAGAGCAGCGUGCCGACAGCCUCACCUCUCGCUCCCCUCCAGGCGCCCAUGAGCGCCGCAGCACUCACCCCCAGCAAGGCGCUCCGCAGCGGUUGAGGUCCCCGUCGCCACCUCAGCAGCAGCAGCUGCAGCAGCCGCAGCAGCAGCAGCAGCGGCCGCAGCAGCGGCAGCAGCGGCAGCACAAAGACGUUCUUUUGCCCCACAGUAGGAGGCGCGACCAUUACACACAGCAUGGUGGUUGGGAUGAAAGAGAAAGGAGUGAGGAAGCGCAGCAGCAUGAGCAGAUGCAGCAGCAAAGCCAGCAGCCGUGGCAGCAGCAGCAGCGACAGUACCAUCAGCCGCUGCCCCCCAACGAAACGCAGCAGCAGGAGAGGCGAGAGCAGCAGCACCGCCCGGUCGACUACGGCUCUAGGGCGAGAAGCAGCCAAAUAAAAAGCGUGAGCAGCAGCAGCAGCAGGAACGGCUGCUGCAACGGGCAGCAGCGCCCGCACUCGCAGCAUAGCCAGCAGCAGCAGGAAGAAUGGCUGGAGGCCGAAGAGGAGCUGCGGCGCUGCCAGCAGCCACAGCGGCAACGACGCGAUGCAGCAGAGCCACCGCUGCAGCAGCAGCAGCACGGCGACGGCCGGCGGUGGUGGCAGCAACCGCAGCAGCAGCAGCACGAGCGGCGGCCGCACGGUGAGCAGCAGCACCGCGAGCGACGCAGCUCGCUGCAGUCAGGACCCCACAGCCAACACUCUGACUACCACUUUUGGCGUCAGCAGCACCUUGAGCACGAAGAGCCGUACAGGCAAGAGCGGCAGCGGCAGCAGCAGCAGCAGCAGCAGCAGCAGCAGUACUGGAGGCGUGAGCGCAGCCCCGAAGGUCGCGAGCGAGCUCCCCGCUGCAUGCCACCGCCGCCGCCGCAGCCCCCGCAUCAGCAGCAGCAGCAGCAGCGGCACCACCCGCGGCAGCUGCAGCGGGAACGAGACUCUUUGCUGCAGGAAGAAGAGCUGCAGCGGCGGAGGCAGCUGGGGCCAGAGCGCCGCAGCAGAUUGCCUUCUAGGCGGAGGUCAGCUUCCGUGCGGAGUCAUUCUGCAGACUUCUAUAGAGAGCGGCUGUCGCCCAGGGGCUACAGGCACUACCCGCAGCAGCAGCAGCAGCAGCAGCAGCAGGAGUAUUACCGGUACUAUGGGGAGGCCGAGCAGCACACCUACGGGCAGCAGCAGCAGCAUCGGCAAAGACAGCUGCAGCAGCAGCAGCAGCAGCACGAGCCGCGCAGCCACUUCGAGCCGCCGUACCACCGCCGCCCGCCGCCUUCGCUGCCUCCUGAGCCCCCAAGACACUACCACUACCCAGCCUACCACAGGGAGCAGCAGUACCAGCAGCAGCAGCAGCAGCAGCAGCAGCAGCAGCAGCAGCAGCGCGACUACGAAAGAGGUGAGGAAGCGUGGGGACGCUACAGCGCCCGGCGGCACCCUAGCCCCCCCCCUGCUGCUGCUGCUGCUGCUGCUUCUGCUGCUGCUGAGGCAGCACAUGAGCACCAGCACAACGGGAGGCACCUGCGGCGGCAGCAGGGGGGAUAUGUCCGAGCUGAGUGGCCAAAGCACAGGCGACAAGACAGCCGCUACCUGCAGGGCCCCACAGCUGCUGCUGCUGCUGCUGCUGCUGCUGCUGCAGCUCCGCCGGGGCGCUCGCGGCAGAGGCCCCUCUCUGAGGGGCGCUAA